ACGCGCGCUUUUUUUUUUUUUUUUCUUUCCUUUUCUGGCAGUGAGGCAGUUUUGUGAAUGGAGGUAAGCGUCCUGCCGCUACAGAAGCAUGAGUGACAGUUGAAUUUGCAGAAAACUCAGCUCUUUGUGAGGAUUUGUCUCCUCACCUCCUGGCCGACCUGAAGCCUGGUUUCUGGGAGGCUACAUUGGACAUUAUCAACCUCCAGCUACAACAAGUGUGUAUGUACUCUGUCCCCAAAGGCAUAUCUCACAGAAGGUCCUAGUUCAUGCAAAGAAAAAAUAUGGAGACCCUGCACUAUUUUUCUCAGGUUCCAAAAGAACAAAAUGAUCCCAUAAUUUCUCAAAUGAAAAUGGAAUGUAGACAAAGACCAAAGGAGGUGACCAUGGACCAGGAACAAAGAUCACAUUUGGAACUAAAAACUCCACAAGUUCAGAACUCUCCCCAAAAUAGGAAUAUUACCAUCACUUUUGGUAUAAACCAUGCAACCCAUGAGAUCACAGAUGAGGAGACAGCUAGUUUAUAUACAGCAAUGAAUACCCUUGACCCUGUCAAAAGAGAGAUAGAAAGACAGCGAGGCAAAGAAAUGCUGGUGUGUGGCAUAAAAGGAAUAGAAGGCUACAUAAACCUUGGCAUGCCCCUCCGUUGUUUUCCAGAAGGCAGCCAUGUGCUCAUUACAUUUUCCAAAACUGAAAGUGAGGAGAAAGAAAAUAAUUAUCGCUUUGACUACUCACCUGCUGAGUGUGUUAUAUUUUACAUACAUGCAGUUGGGAACAGGGAACAAAGGAUUCUGAGAGGUAGGGAACUUCACCAGGAGGGGACCAAACUCUGUGUUUAUGGCUUCAAAGGAGAGACCAUCAAGGCCACUCUGAGGAAGGAUGGCAGGUUUGAUUCCUUUGUAGAGCAUGCCCAUUGGAAACUCAUUAACCAUGACACCAUCAUAGAAAACACCCAGCCAGUUGAUGUGUUACAGGGCAAGCUCUUUCAGAUUGAUGUCGAGAGAAAGGAGAGCCCUUGGGUGGCAACGGCAACUCAGCAAUCUGAGGUGGAGGGCAGAAACUUCGAGUUAAAAGGAUACAUUGCGAAUUUGUACCCCACAUUGAAAAGAGAACGGGAAAAACUGAGAGCAUACAUCAAGGAAGAAAGUGAGAAAAGAAAGGAAACCUCUUUAUUCAAAGCACAUAGAGAAAACUUCAGGAAGGUGACUCAAAUCUCCACCCCAGGUAAAAUCUUCAAACUCCUUUCACAGCUCAGUGACUCAGUUGGGCUCAUAGUUUGGAACAACAGUGGGAACAGGGGUAGUGCUACUUGCUUCCUUUUUAAAGGACUGUACAUUUUCACUUGCCGGCAUGUAAUAAAUGACAUUGUAGGGGAAGGCAUAGAGCCAAGUAAGUGGGCAGAUAUAAUUGGUGAGUGUAUAAGAGUGACAUUUGAUUUUCAUGUGUUCCCUGCAAAGGAAGACAGCUAUUGUUCUGUUGAACCUUGGUUUGAGGUGUCUGAUGUAACUCUUGACUAUGCUGUCCUGAAACUGAAGAAAAGUGGACAGCACAUUCCUAUAGGACUCUGUAAUGGAACACCUUCUGGAUCACUUAGUGAGUUUAUAUAUAUGAUAGGUCACCCAGAAGGAAAGUAUAAGGUUAUUGAUGGUUGUACUGUGAUACCUCAAGAUGAGCAAAAGAGGAAAUGUGAGGCCAUUCAGGGAAGAGAAGCAAUGGGUGGCAGUGAUCCUACACCAUAUAUCUAUAUGUAUACCCAAAGAAGUUUCCAGGAAAAAAUCAGUGAACCUGGUUUGGUUACCAUGGAUAACACUUUAUAUUGUGGGUCUUCUGGGUCUCCUAUAUUUGAUGCUAAAGGGUCACUUGUAGCCAUGCACACUGCUGGCUUCAUUUGUGAGUAUGCAAGUGGUGUUUCCAGUGUCGUUGAAUUGGGCUCUUCAAUAAAACACAUCUUUGAUGAUAUUAAACAAAAACAUGAAAGAUGGUACAAUGAAAUUUGUGUAUUCAACAGGAAAUACUGAGUCUAGAACACUGAGGACUGAGAAUUCAGUCAGUUUUGUACUAUUAAGGCAGUUGCUUCUGUAUUGUUUUUCUGUAGGCACUGACAAUAUUUUUACUAACCUUUAAAUGCUGUUUUCUUUCAUAAACAAUUGAUGUCUUAGUCUAGUUCCUGUAUAUACCACCCAUUUUUAAUUGAAAACAAUUAUUUUUGUACAGUAUAUUUUGAUCAUGGCUUCCUCUCCCCCAAUUUCUUCCAGAUCGUCCUGGUCUUCCCACCCACCCAAAUCUGUGCCAUAAUUUUUCUCUCUCUUAUAACACUCAUCUAAAAAAAUAAAAUAACAUGAAACAAAACAAAACAGAAUAGGACCAAACAGAAAAAGAGAGAGAAAAAAAAACGCAGAGGAACACACAUUAACAUACAAAUUAAUAGUAUAAAAAGUAUAAAGCACAUAACACCCAGCUAUAAGCAAAUGCAUACCAUAUUUGUCUCUUCAUGUCUGUGUUACCUGAGGGUGACUUUGUUCUAGCUCUAUUCACUUACCUGCAAAUUUCAUGAUUUGAAGAUUUUUUUUUAACAGCUCAAUGACAUUCUAUUUGGAAAUAUAGCACAUUUUCUUCCUCCAUUCAACUGUUGAUGAACAUUUAAGCUGUUUCCAACUGAUCAUGGUCGAUCAAGUGUUUCUGUAGUAGUAUAUAGAGUUCUUCAGGUGUAUGCCCAGAAGUGGUACAGCCAGAUCCUGAAGUAGACUUAUUCCCAGCUUCCUAAGGAACCUCCAUUACAUUUUUUCUUAGGGCCUGAACAACCUUGCACUCCCACCAGCAAGGAAUAAGUGUUUCCCUUACACCAUAUCCUCACUAGAACGAGCUGUCAUUUGCUUUAUUGAUCUUGGCCAUUCUGACUGGAUUAAGAUGAAAUCUCAAAGCAGUUUUGAUUUGUAUUUCCCUGAUGACUAAGAGUGUUGGCUAUUUGAAUUUCUUUUGAAAAUUCUCCACUUAGAUAUGUACUCCAUUUUUAAAUGGGUUAUCUGUUUUCUUGAUAUACAGGUUUUUUUUUUUUAAGUUUAGACAUAGAUAUAGAUAUGAACCCUUUAUCUGAUGUAGUUUCUAAAAUCUUUUUCCAUUCUGUAGCCUCCUCCUUUGUCCAAAUGAUGGUGUCCUUUGCUAUAUAGAAGUUUUUUAAGUUUAAUGAGGUCUCAUUUAUUAAUUAUUGUUCUUAGUAUAUGUGCUAUUACUGUCAUGUUCAGGAAGUCUUUUCUUGUACCAAUGAGUUCUUUACUAUUCGCCUCAGUAUCUCUGUCUUUAUGUUAAGGAGGUUGAUCCAUUUGGAGCUGAGUUUUGUUCAGGUUGAUAAAUAUGGAUCUAUUUGCAUUUUUCUACAUAGAUACAUCCAGUAUCACUAACAGUAUUUUUUGACAAUGCUGUAUUUUCUCCAGUGUAUAUUUCUAGCUUAUUUAUAAAAACAAAAACAAAAACCAGGUGCUCAUAAGUGUGUGGACUUUAAUUCUAUCCCAUUUAUCAGCAUGUCUGAUUUUAUGCCAAUACCAUGUCAUGUCAUCUUUAUUACUAUAGCUCUAUAGUACAGGCAUAGUGGUCAGGCAUAGUGAUAUCCUAAGUUCUUUUAUUAGUCAGGAGUGUUUUUAUUAUCCUGGAGUUUCUUUUGUUUGUUUUUCCUGGUUUUGUUUGUUUGUUGUUGUUGUUGUUUUCCAUAUGAAGCUGAAAACUGCUCCCUAAAUUGCUUUUGGUUAUACUGUUUUUUCUGGGGUGGGGGGUUGUCAUUGUUAAUUUUUUUAUAUCACAGAAACAGAAUGGAACCUAACUCUAACACCCAGACAUUCACCUCUUGAGUAAACUCAUCAGCAGUAUUGUUCUGCUUAGUUAUGAACUAACCUAGUUGAUUACUAAACAAAGCUAUCUGUCUCCAACCAUCAACUGCUUAAAGGGUUCUAAAGUAUUCAUCUUCAUAGGAAAAAUGUCAGAGGUGACAGUGGAGAUUUAGUAAGGAAAGAGAAGUUGGCAGUAAAAUGGUGAGGCAUUGGUUAGUUUGAAAUAAUUGUUAUCAAUUCCAGGCAGUGUAUUUUGACCAUAUUUAUUCCUAUUUGUCCCAGAUCCACUCCCAUCUUUCCACCUACCCAACUCUGGUCUCUUCUCUUUUUAUAUUUAGUAAUCCACAGAUUCCCACCUUUUCUGCCCAUAUACUUCUAAAUGUGGGGCCACUCACUGGAGUGUGGUUUGCUUACCAAAAGCCACACCCAGAAAACUGACCCUGACUCUCCUAGAAGCCAUCAACUCUCCGUAGCUCCAUAGUUAGGAUUGGGGCAGGGAUCAGUUAAUUCUGACAGAUUCUUGGGUUUACUUACUAACUAUCAAUACCUGUCUUAGUUGGGGUUUCUAUCGCUAUGCUAAAACACCAUGAGCAAAAACAGCUUGGGGAGGAAAGGGUUUAUUUCAGCUUAUAGCUUGUAGACCAUCAUUCAGGAAAGUCAAGGCAAUAACCUGGUGGUGGGAAUUGAAGCAGAAGCCAGGAGGGAAUGCUGCUGACUGACUUACUUAUUCUCAAGGCUUGCUCAGCUUGCUUUCUUUAUAAUUCAGAACUACUUGCCUAAAGGUGCCAUUCCCUGCAACAGGCUGGGUCUCCCAGUAUCAAAAGUUAAUUAAGAAAUAUUUCAAUAAAUGAGUCCUGGAAGUACAGUAAUAAUUUCUGAAACAGAAACAUCUACAUGAGCAUCAAUGUUGUUGAUAUAAAGACACCAGUGGUAAAUAUGCACGUGUGUUAUUUUGUACCUGGAUGGAAAAUAACAUCAACUAGAUAAUGUGC